ACACGCAAAGCCAAAAGUUCUUGAAAAAUGAGUGCUCUUGAGGCCAAAAAGAUUGCCGAAGCUGAGGAUUUCUUAGAACAAGCCAAAACUGCCUCCGAUGAGUAUGCUAAAGCUGGUAUGUACUUCAAGGCUGCAACGGCAUAUCGAAUGGCCAAAAGUUGGAAUAUGAGCAAGGAUUGUUUCUUGGACGCCAUCGAAUGUUAUGAGAAGAACAAGUCGUGGUUCCAUGCAGCCAAGUCAUACGAGCAGAUUAUUUUGCUGGCCAAGGAGAAUGAUACAUUAUCCGAAGUAGAGGACUAUGCCAAUAAAGCUUGUAAUCUCUAUCAACAACAUGGUUCACUGGAAGCAGCAGCUGCAGCUAUGGAUAAAGCCGCCAAGAUGACGGAAUCGAAACAUCCUGAACUGGCGUUGGGGUUCUAUAAGCGAGCUCUGGGUGUGGUCAUAAUUGGCGACUCCACCCAUCAAGCUUCGGAGUUCGCUUCUAAGGUCUCUAGAAUAUUGGUAAAACUCAAGAAAUACGAAGAAGCUAGCAAAGCUCUCAAAAAGGAAAUAAGUCUUAAUCUACAAACGAAAUCGUACGCACAAGUUGGACGUUUAGUCGUUGCCUUGGUACUGGUGCAACUUACCCUCGGGGACUCCGUUGAUGCCAAAAAGUCCUUUAAAAAGUGGGGAAACCGUUGUGAUCCCCAGGAGGUCAAGACAUUGGAAACACUUCUACAAGCUUUAGAUGAUAAUGACCAGGAACAAGCUGUUAAGAUGCUGGCUUCUCCUUUUAUCACACAUAUGGAUGUGGAGUAUGCACUCUUAGCCAAAAACAUGACAUGGGAAUUCAAAUAGAUGGUGUCAGGAGUCAAUUAUCUCAAGAAUAUUAUAAUGCUUGUUUACGGUUGUUUGUAGUCAGUUGACUACUGAUUUUUAAAUGAAAAAGCUUUAUUACUGUAGGUACACUGUUAACUAUAUACAAAAAUAUAAAGUGUUAGUUAAAAAAUUUAUUCAGGGACACAUUUAGGUGCCUUUAUUAUAAUAGUUUUUAUACCCCUUUUCUAUAUAUUACUGUUGUUAAACCUAAAAAACUAAAAUUUGUUACUAAAACCUUACAAUUUUUAUACGAAUUUAUAGACAAUUUCUACAUAUCCCUAAAACUAGACUAUUAUAUUCGGUAGAACCAAUUACUUGCAAAAUUAUUUCAGCUUAAAAGUAGGCAAUUUUUUUUAUCUUAUACAUUUCACAAUUUUGAAAUUUCAUAAAUUUUUUUUUUUUAAUUCCAAUCAUGAAAUAAAAUUACAAGUUCAACAAUUAAUUUUAAAAAUGUGUUUUAAGACCUGCAGUCCUGGUGGCAUUCUUUCAAAUACAACUUACACAUAAGUUCAGGAACUUUCUAGAACUUUGAACAUGGUCUACAAGAUUGGUAAGCUAAAGCAACUUGAAAUACUAUGGGUAAGAAUAAUAAUGGCCACUUUAUACAGGAAUUUCGAUUGUCCGACCAUAGCUUAACGGUAAGCUUUAAUUGUAUUUUAAGUUAACAAUCAGCUUAUUGGACUUUAGAUUAUUUUAGGACUCUAGUCCGUGCAAGUAUCUCCUUGUGAUAAGAUUAUUGACCAGUUCAGCUUGUGUAUAUAAUUAGCUGUGCCAUCAAUAAAAUAAACCACUGGACACACGCUUCAAGUGCGGCCAAGUGUCAUUUCGCAACGAACAAAGAUGAUUAAGCGUGGCCAGUAAUAAGCGAAAUCAAAUUGCAUGGCCCGCUGUUAUUGAAGUUGAUUUAUUUAGAGACCAUCCAAUAUCAAUUAACUUUAUCAGGCCGGGCAAUUGGUCAGUUGACGCUGGACAGUUAUCAGUGAUUUCUGAAUACUAUUCGGUGAUAAAUUCUUUAUUCCCGCUAAUAACGGGCAAUGAGUUCCCCCCCGUUGAAAGGAAUCACACUGACCAAGAGUCGUAUAAAUGUUUACCACGAACCUGGGGUCUCGUGAUAAAAUAUGCAGAAGAACCAUCACCAUCUAUUUUUAGAACUAAACCAUAAACUUAACGAUAUUGGUCAAUUUGAACUUUAAACGGAAAUAAGCUGUUACUAUAUAAGUUGCGCAUACGCC